UUUUUUUUCUUUUGAAUUUAUUCCAAAGUACUAUUUCUUGCAGCCAUGGGGAUUUUAGUAUUGUUAUAGUUUCUUCCAUAAGUUCUCUGCUCUGGUUGUUGUCACAGUAUGGCAGGUUAAAUACACCAUUAAUUCACUUUUCCUGUUCCAAGUUCUUCUGUUUUUUUUUCUUUUUUACUUGAAGUGAAUUUUGCUUUGAAGGUUGAGUUUUCUGAUUGAUUUUAUAAUCUGGGUAUUUAGAACAAUGCAUGCUGUUGUCAAGUUUCUUCAACCUCAUGAAGCCUUGACUUUAGACAAACGCUAACUCUUUAAACAAAAGAAAUUUUCUUUUUUCCUUUUUGUUUCUUUUUGGAAUUGUUGAUUUUUGAUGUAUUCAACAAUGAGACAUCUUGGGUUUGUUUCAUUGUUUGUUUUGAUGGUAUGGGUAUGCCAGAGUUGUCUCGUGGGUUGUGAGAAGCCUGCUGUUGUAAACAUUGGUGCUAUUUUCACAUUUAAUUCCGUUAUCGGUAGAGCUGCAAAGCCAGCUAUGGAAGCUGCGGUCGCUGAUAUCAAUGCUAAUCCCACGAUUCUUAAUGGAACUCGUCUUAACUUGUUCAUGGAGGAUGCUAAUUGCAGCGUCUUCUUGGGUUCUACUGAAGCUUUUCAAGUAAUUGAAAAAGAGGUGGUGGCUAUUAUUGGUCCGCAGUCAUCUUCAAUUGCUCAUAUAAUUUCUGCAAUUGCCAAUGGCCUUCAAGUUCCACAAGUUUCAUAUGCUGCCACUGAUCCAACUCUUUCUGCUCUCCAAUUCCCAUUCUUUCUCCGAACUGUGCAAAGCGAUUCCAACCAAAUGAUUGCUAUGGCUGAUUUAAUUGAUUUUUAUGGGUGGAAAGAGGUCAUUGCUAUCUAUGUAGAUGAUGAUUAUGGAAGGAAUGGGAUAUCUGUCUUAAACAAUGAACUUGACCGGAGAAUGGCAAAAGCUUUCUAUAAAUUGCCUUUGCCUGCCCAUUUUGCUCAAAGUGACAUCAUAUCUUUACUCAAUAACUCUAAAUUGCUAGGUCCUCGUGUGUAUGUUGUUCAUGUUAAUCCUGACCCCCAAUUAAGAAUUUUUGCCUUUGCCGAAAAGCUUCAGAUGAUGACCAGUGAUUAUGUGUGGCUUGCUACGGAUUGGCUUUCUGCCACCAUAGAUUCAUUCUCUCCCAUGAAUCGAACUGCUCUUCAUUCGUUUCAAGGAGUAGUUGGACUGCGCCAACAUAUUCCAGAGUCCAACCAGAAGAAGGAUUUUAUGUCUCGAUGGAGAAAAAUGCAGCAGAAAGGGUUGGCAACUUCACAGUUGAAUACCUAUGGGCUUUGUGCUUAUGACACAGUUUGGACAGUUGCACAUUCGAUUGACAAGUUCAUAAAUGAUGGAAACAAUCUUACAUUUUCAUCCAGUGAUAAGUUAAAUGAUAUAAAAACAGGUGAAAUGCAUUUGGAGAAGCUUAAAGUUUUUGAUGGUGGUGAUAUACUGCUCAAGGAAUUACUGCAAACAAACUUCUCUGGUUUAACUGGUCAAGUUCAUUUUAGUUCAGAUCGGAACAUUGUGACUUCAGGUUAUGAUGUCAUUAAUAUUGACAACAUGGCUGUUCAUACAGUUGGUUACUGGUCUGGUACUUUUGGUUUCUCAGUUUCUCCUCCAGAAACCCUCCAAGGGACUCAACAUGGCAAUUCUGAAAUAGACCAGGAGCUUCACAGUGUUACUUGGCCUGGUGGAAAGAUAGAAAGGCCUCGUGGCUGGGUGAUUGCUGAUGAUGAACGGCCUUUGAGAAUUGGAGUGCCCUAUAGAGCCAGUUUUGUUGAUUUUGUUACAGAACUGCAUGAUAGCCAUCAAAUUGUAGGAUACUGUAUUGAUGUGUUCACUGAAGCACUGAAAUUAGUCCCAUAUUAUGUUCCUUACAAAUUUGAGCUUUUUGGGAAUGGCCGGUCCAAUCCUAAUUAUGGUCAGCUUGUGAAAAUGGUUGCAGAUAAUGUGUUUGAUGCAGCUGUUGGGGAUAUUGCAAUCGUUAAAAACCGGACAGAGAUUGUGGAUUUUUCUCAGCCUUAUAUAACUACUGGUCUUGUCAUAGUAGCUCCAAUCCGCAAUCCAAAAUCAAGUGCUUGGGUAUUUCUAAAACCAUUUACAGUAGACAUGUGGUGCAUGACUGCAGCAGCUUUUGUGAUAAUUGGCAUUGUUAUUUGGAUUCUUGAGCAUCGAGUCAAUGACGAUUUUCGUGGCCCACCUAGGAGGCAAAUUGUAACGAUGUUUAUGUUCAGCUUCUCAACACUGUUUAAGACAAACCAGGAAGAAACUGUAAGCACACUUGGGCGAGUGGUAAUGGUGGUGUGGCUUUUCCUAUUGAUGGUGAUAACAUCGAGUUAUACAGCAAACUUGACUUCAAUCCUCACUGUUCAGCAACUUUUGUCGCCCAUUACUGGAAUUGACAGCUUGAUUGCUAACACUUGGCCUAUCGGUUACCAAGUUGGUUCAUUUGCAUAUGGUUAUCUUUCUGAGAAUCUUAACAUUCAUCAGUCAAGGCUUGUUGAACUACACUCCCCUGAAGAGUAUGAAAGUGCUCUACGACUUGGGCCAGAUAAUGGAGGGGUGGCAGCUAUUGUUGAUGAGCUCCCUUACGUGGAAUUAUUUCUGUCAAAGCAUACUGACUUUGGGAUUAUAGGCCAACCAUUUACAAAGAGGGGCUGGGGAUUUGCGUUUCAAAGAGAUUCCGUGCUUGCCGUUGACAUGUCUACUGCAAUCUUGAGACUUUCUGAAAACGGAAUGCUUCAGGAGAUCCAUAAGAAGUGGCUUUGUAAGAUGGGUUGUCCUGGAGAGAGGAGAAAAAACUAUGAGCCUAACCAACUCCACUUAACCAGCUUCUGGGGUUUAUAUCUUUUAUGCGGUUGCAUCACUCUUGCUGCACUUCUCAUCUUUCUUCUAAGAAUGGUUCGCCAAUUUGUCCGGUACAGACGAAGGCAAAUGAAACUUUGUUCCCUUUCGCCUGCAGUUCAGUCGACUACUCGUUGCUCUCAGGUCAUAUAUAACUUUUUCAACUUCAUUGAUGAGAAGGAGGAAGCUAUCAAGAAAAUGUUUAUGCAGUGUGAGAUUAAUCGAGUUUCAGAAACUCCAAUGAGCUCAACAACAUGAACUUCUUCUUUUGGUAGAUUUGGAGGGAUAUAUAUUAGCCUUUAGUGCUUAACAGAAAUCUAGUCUGUACAUGAAUCAGCUUAUACAGCAAAUUUAGGAUUUGUGAUGAUUGUAAAAUAUCACUUUUCCUGAUAUAUAGAAAUAUCAAAAUGAUGAUUAUAAUUGCCCAUAUAUGUCUGCAAAUGACAUCAAUUGUGCACUGAUCUUAAUUUUAUAUAUGAGAUGGUAGACUGGGAUAUUACAAUGCU